GACAAAGAGGAAGUCAAGACAAACUGUUGUUAGCUCUAAUACUGUAGUAGCAGUAGUGGCUAGCAAUAUUUAUUUAUUUUUCAUCAUACAACUUAGAAAAAUUAAAGUGUGCAUAUUUGAUUAGCAUUAAGAUCUAUUAAAAAAAUCAACAAUGUCGUUCAAUUUUAUGGUUGGUAUGAGUGACUAUUGUCUUGAGCCAACGCCUACGGGAUUUUCGUACCAUCAUCCUACUAUUCCGAUUUCAACAACAUCCAGUCCUAUGCAUACUCAUUCAAGUUCAAGUCAUGUUCAUCAAACUCACGGUGGUCAUGGUCAUGUUCACAGCCACAACCACACUGACAAUUUAACAAACAUUCCUGGGCUAGCUCCGUCAUCGCUAGGAUCUUUAGGACAAGGAGGCUCUUUUAAUGGUAUAUAGUAUAUAUGCUUUUAGGCUUUUUUUAGAGUAAAUUUACAUAAACAUAAAUAAAAAAUGAAUUCAAAACUUUAUAAUUAAUAGUAAUACCGGUACUGAGUGAUAUUCAUACCGAUAAUACUUAGUUGAGGUAGAAAAGGUAGGCCUGCUGAUAGAGGUACCUAAUAAAUAAUCAACAUGUUGUUAGUGAUAAUAGUGACUGUCUUUAAUUUUAUCAAUCAAUGUCAAUGAGAAAUAAAUAAUUACAGUGUAACUGAGUAUAAAUACUCAUAUUUAUAUGACACACUUUUAUAACCAAAAAUCUAUUGACUUGAUUUCACUGUGAUCUAAAGUCCAUGGCCGGAUAUCAGAAGACCAGGCGUAUAUCAUGUGCAAAACAUGUGCUUGAGUAUACAAGUAUAAUCGAGAGCAAGGGAGAAAACAAAAUUUCCCCCUAAAUUUUGAUUUGACAUGAUGGUCUUCUGCAGUCGUACCACAUAACUCAUCAAAUUAAAGCGCUUGAUCUGGACUCUUCAAAUGUACCAUUUACUAUCUGAUUCACAAGGACUAUCAUUUUCACAUGAUUUUAUGACUGAAGCAAUUACUGGUAACUAAGUUUUACUCUAAACAAAGCAGCUCCACACUGUUAAAAGAAAUACCAAGCCAUUGCAACUAAUCAAAUAAUAUGCAUACUGUUAUUCAGUGUGGAUUAGUCAUUUAUAUGAAAAGUAGGAGAAUCAUUUUCUCCCUUGCUGUCACUUACACUUACACUCCAGCAGAGGGCAACAGUAGAAACAGUAGUUGUGUUUAUUAUAUAUAUAUAUAUAUAUAUAUAUAUAUAUAUAUAUAUAUAUAUAUAUGUGUGUGUGUGUGUGUGUCUUUAUGUUUUUGACGAUUUUUUUUCUGUUUAUAUGUUUUUAUGUGAAAAUUUUUUGUUAUAUCUUUUUUAUACUGUUUUUCAGUGUGGAUUAGUCAUUUAUAUGAAAAGUAGGAGAAUCAUUUUCUCUCUUGCUGUCACUUACACUUACACUCCAGCAGAGGGCAACAGUAGAAACAGUAGUUGUGUUUAUUAUAUAUAUAUAUAUAUAUAUAUAUAUAUAUAUAUAUAUAUAUGUGUGUGUGUGUGUGUGUCUUUAAGUUAAUGACGAUUUCUUUUCAGUUUACAAGUUGUUAUGGGAAAAUUUUUUGUUACAUCUGUUUAUGUUAAAAAAUGAGCUAGUAACGCCAAAACUAAGGGUGCAACCUAACACAAGUAUAUUACAGCAAUGAAUAUUUAAAUAACAAAGCGAUUAGAUAUUUCCAUCAGUUUUGAAUGAAUUUAGUAUAGAGCCUGGUUGGACUUAAGAGACGCAAUCAGCACAUCCAAUCUCUAGUUACUUGGGCCUUUAAUGAAAAAAUAUAUAAUUAAACUUUUUAACAUUUUUUAUAUUUGUGGCAGAGCCAUUUUUAAAUAGAGUGCGGGAGAGUUUAGGUGCUUACUUCUAAUCUUCAAGUGUUCUAAAAGAAAACAUCAGUCCCAAACUUUUCAAAUCAUACUUGAUUCUGGCUUAGGGACUUCUAAGACUUAUAAAAGUGGAAGAAAAUAAAAAAAAAAUCCUGCAACUUCCAACUUGAGAGACUAAAUCUAUCAGCAUGAAUCUAUAAGCUCUCAAUUAUUGUCAGUCAAUGGCCCAAAGCUUGGUAGAAUGGGACAUUUGAGUAUAUAUUUUGGUAAAUGGUGACCAUUGAUGGUUAUUCUGGUAAAAAUAAAAGUUUGUAGUAUCAAUGCUCUUUGCUUAAUAAUUGUAUUUACCUUCUUAGAAUUUCUUCAAUUAAAUUAUAAAUAGGUUUAUUAUUUUGUUUAUUAGGUUAUAUUGGGUAGUGGAUGGUGCAGAACAAUUAUUUUAGCCAAAUUUCUGCUUUUCAAAUUUACAAAAUUAGCCUUCAUUUUUUUCUCACAAUAAUUAGCAAAUUUUUGUAAAAAGUAAUUUCUGGCUUCUUUCUUGAAAUUUGCUUGCUUCAUCUUGUUUUAAUUGAAUGCUAUUAGUCUUUAAGAUAACAUUCUUUUAUUGAUCCAGACAAAUGGAAAUGUUUUAUGAUUGCAUUGCACAUUAUAAGAUAAGAUAAGAUUCUUUUAUUGAUCCAAACAAAUGGAAAUGUUUUAUGAUUGCAUUGUACAUAAAUAAAACAAUUUGAACACAAGACAUUUAUAUUAAUAAAUUAUUUCACUAGUAAAAAAAAAAACCUCCCAAAAACACAGCCAUUCAGUGAGUUCUCUUAGCUACAUCAGGGACUUAUUAGUUAUCAUUAAGAUUUGUGACUUUAGAGGGAGCACGCUGGUAAAUUUGAACAUACUUUAUGUAUAAUAAACAUUUGAAUUGGUUUACAGUAACAGUUAUUUGAAAAAAAUGCUCUAAUCAAAAUGUUUGUAGUAACAAUGUUUUAUCCUGGAAGGGGCUGGUUGCUAGAAAUGUUACAUUAGGAGGUGAGUGGACAUUUUAUAUAGCGCUAGAAGGGGUAAAAAUGUUCAAUUUUUGUGUUACAUGAUAUGUGCGCAGCCAAUUAUCAGCAGCAACGCAAAUUUUUUGUAUAUAGCAAUGAUUUAUUUCAGACACCUCAUUGUUUUGCCAGACAUAAAUAAUUCUUGCCAAUUAUUUUGUUUUCAUUUUUAUGAUCCUGAAAUAUUUUAAUUCUGGCAAAAGUUACCUGGAAUUAUGCUUUAUGAGUUUUUUUGUUUUUUUUUACCAUGAAUGAUUCUCAUUGAAUGCACAUUAGUAGGUUGUCAUCUUUUAUAAAAAUUGUUUGCGUAUCAGACCCAUCGAAGCAAGCACUAACAUAAUGACAUCAUUGAAUGCUAUAUGUUUUGAAGAAAUCAUCGGUUACUCAAAAAAUAUUGUUAAAAAAACAAUGCCUGUAAUAUGUUCUGUCUUUUUAAUCACAAAACAGACAUCUCAUUCUUGCAAGAGGUUAAGAUUUUUUAAUAAAAUCGCUGAGAAUUAUGUUUGCCUGUGUUGGCUGUUUUAAAUAGCAAAUGGUUUAGUUUUUUAGAAAUUUACUUGUCAAAAUUCUAUGUGCGUGCACAAAUUCUGUGAUAGUUAACAGCUUGAUUAUUGUCUAAUCACUGAACCAUUUUAUCAACUCGAUUAUAUUAAAUUGCUGAGCUCACCAUAAACUUUGAAGAUUAUCUCCUCGUUUAGCGCUAUUGCUGUGGCACACCUGGCAGCAUCUCGCGGCACACUAGUGUAAGGUUGUGGAGAUCUGCAUUAGAUAGUUAGUCAGAGUUUUAUAAAGAUAAUAUAAUCUAACAUUUUAUUCUAAAUCCAUUUUAUUAAAAAAAAAUUAAACCUUAAAGCUAUUAAAUAGAGAAACAUUUUUGUAACAUGAAUAAAUUUUAUGUGUUUAAUUUUAUGUGUUUAAAAUUUUCCUUAGGUUUCUCCUACCACACAGAACCUUUGAUUCGCCAAGAACCAGAACCUAUAGUAACUGGCCCAGUAAAAAAAAAAUCAAAGAAAGAACGAAAACGAAGACCGGCCGGUACGACACUUUCUCGGGCAGAGCUGAAGAGGAGGCGUAAUGCUGGUGAAGAAUAUGUGACUAGGAAAGGUAAACUGGUAGGCAGAAAAGAAUAUGAACCUAUUGACUGCAAAUGUAGGCUGAAUUGUACAAAAAACGUCACUCACGAUAUGAGGAAGUUAAUUUUCGAUCAGUUUCAUGCCCUUGCAGAUUGGAAUAAUCAAACGCAAUUCAUUGUUUCGUCUGUGACAGUGCUCGAUAUUAAAGAAAGGAAGCGGAGGCUAAAGCAGGAGUUAUCAUCCCCUAAAACCAAACGAUCCUCGUCUAGACUCUUCCAUCUUACAAAUAAAAAAAUUCGUGUGUGCAAGCCAGUUUUUCUCUCUGCAUUAGGAAUCACAAACAAAAGGUUAGACUAUGCACUUAGGUAUAAAGCAUUACCACUGACUGCUCUUGCAACACCGGAUUUCAGGGGCAAAAAGGGACCACUCAAUAAAACACCCCUGGAAGUAGAAGACCGCAUCAGAGCACACAUUAAAUCUUUCCCCAAGUCCUCCAAUUCACAAGGAAAACCGGGGAAAGGAGGGCAGACUCUCCCGCCAGACCUAACCAUCUCAAAAAUGUAUUCACUUUAUCAGGAACAGUGCCAAGCGGAAGGCAUUCAAGCAGCAUCUAUGUGGGUUUAUGCAAAAAUCUUCCAUUCUGAAUCAAAGGUUCACCUAGCCGUACCUAAAAGAGAACCAUGCAAAACUUGUGAGAGGACAAAAAUAAUUCUCCACAGCGGCAAUGAGCCAGAGAAAAUUAUUCAAAUGUUAUUAAAAGAAUACCAGGAACGCCCCGCGCAGUCUAUAAAUACAUUCAUGGAGUUUUCACAUGCCGACUACACAGCUUAUGCACAGAAAAAGAACUGACACACGAUUGCCUAAUGAAAUAAAGGUCAAUAAACUAUCUCACUGCAUUCAAGUUCAAGAAUAACAUUUGCAUUUGUCAGAUAUUAUUUAUUGCACGUAAACUAUACACUUGAUUUAUUUGAUGGUGAUUUAAAUGCUCGAGUCGUUGGAGUCAUUGAGUUUGUUGUUAAUGUCUAGAUUAAUUAAAAUCUUUGGGGAGAUCUUAUUAUUAAAAGAUUUUAAAAAAUAAAAUUUAUCGUUUUAAGUACGUGUCCUUGGCUGAAUUGAGUAAUUCAAUAGUUGUAAUUGAUAUGUUCCUCAGCCAAAUACAUUUUUUUUUUUGGUAAUGCGAUUCCUACUGUACUGGGUGAGUAUUUUGAGACUGAUAAGAAAAGACUUUCCUCAAUGUCUUUUGUUCUUAGCUUAUUUUGAUUUUAAAGUUUUCCUAAAGUGAGUGUAAUUAUGGGUUUUGAUCAGAAAUAGAAAGUUAAUUCACUUUUAACAAUUCUGGGAUUUACAAAAUCAAACUAAAUAUUUUUAUUUUAUUUCACAAAGUUUGGAUGGCGUUAAAGUUUCAAAUUUUGAAAUUUUUUUUAGAAAAGAUGAUCCUUGAAUAAUAUUUUUUUUUAGAAGUUCACAGAGAUUAAUAUUUAUAAUUACUAUAAACCUCCUCAGAUAAAAAUACAAUAAACAAACCAAUUUAAGAAGUAGACAAACCUUAAAAGUUCUAUAGAAAGUAAAGGGACAUUCAUGGUAAAGGAUAAGUACAUAGAAAUACUUAAUCACAAGGAUAGUUGCAAUGUCCUCAACAAUUCCAGCCAUCAAUUUAGAGUAAUUUAGAACAAAUUUUUUAUCUGACCAUAGGUAACUGUAAAAGGAUCUUUAUAAAUAAUAAUUGAAAUCUAAUACCUUUUUAAUGCAUAAAUUAAGAGAUUUUGACAUCUAGCUGGACUCUGUCAUGUUAAUUUAAUGUGUAAUACAAUUAUCAUUUUUAGGAUAUUUUCUGCUGGUUCCAAUUUCUCAUUAUUCGUCAGUGGUUUGUAUUUUUUAUGAGGUUUGAGAUCUUCCUGUGUUCAAAAUGCACACACUUUUGAAACUUCAAGUACUUAAAUAAUGAGCUACAAACUCUGACAAGAAUAGAGUAAUGUAUAAGUAAGUGAAAAUAAAUAACAGUGGGACCUUACCACAAUACAGUUGGUUUUCCUCAUCAACUGCCAUACAGUCAUACAGCUUAUUCCUGAAUUGUUCUUCAAGAUUACAUUUUGAAAUCUCAACUUAAGAAUUAUAAUUCUUUUGUUAUAAAGCACUGCCAGGCCUUGUUUGAUAUUUAAUCUAUGUUUUCCUUACCGGUAAGAAAAAUAACGUGAAAUAUUUUGAGUUUUUGUUUUCAAUAAUUGAAAGUAAGAAAAUAAACAUUUUUUAGCAAAUAAAAAAAAGAAAAGGUAUGAGUAUAGUAUGAGUGAUUCUAUUUAUGAUUGAAAUACAAAUAAUGUUGAGAGAAUUUACCAGUAAGUAAGAUAUUGAAUUUAAUUAUAAUGUCUUUUCAUUGAGGAUUUACUUUUCUGUAAAUAUUGAGGAUUUACUUUUCUGUAAAUCUGACAAUUCUGUUAAGUACGUUAAUUUAAAAGUCAAUAGGAAUCUAGACC